AUGACUUCGCGCUUUUCUCGCAGACUCGUGAAACCCCUCCUUUACACCUCGGCUGCUGCGGCAGCAGGUGCUGGUGUUCUAUACAUUUCCUAUCGCCCUCGCAAUAUUCCUGGAUUGGAAGCUCCCGCAGUGCCGCCGCCGGGUUACCGUGAAGGAAAACUAAUUCCGCCUAGUUUCCCUGUGAUCAAGUCCCGCUUGGAGCAGAUUGAAGAACUUAAGCGCCAUUCGAGCAAUGAUAACGAUUACGACCUCCUUGUCAUCGGUGGUGGUGCCACAGGAUCCGGUAUUGCUCUCGAUGCUGUAACUCGAGGAUUGAAGGUGGCCAUUGUCGAAAGAGAUGACUUCAGUGCCGGUACCAGUAGCAAGAGUACAAAACUUGUGCACGGUGGUGUCCGUUAUCUAGAAAAGGCUGUUUGGGAAUUGGAUUAUAACCAAUACAAACUCGUUAAGGAGGCCUUAAGAGAACGGAAAUACUUCUUGAACACCGCUCCCCACCUUUCGAAUUGGCUCCCGAUUAUGGUCCCCGUGCAAAAGUGGUGGCAAGCACCGUAUUUCUGGGCCGGUACCAAAUUCUAUGACUACCUGGCCGGUUCGGAAGGUAUUGAAAGCUCUUACUUCCUCACCAAGAGUAAAGCGAUUGAUGCAUUUCCCAUGUUGAGAAGAGACAGUGCGAUUGGUGCCAUGGUCUACUACGAUGGUGCUCACAAUGAUUCACGCAUGAACGUCUCUCUCGCCAUGACGGCUGCGCUGUACGGUAGUACUGUUGUCAACCACAUGCAGGUCACUGGUUUGACCAAGGACGCGUCUGGUAAAUUGAAUGGUGCUCGCGUCAAAGAUGUCAUUCCCGGAAAGAGUGGCCCAGAGGCUGAAGAAUUCACCGUUAGGGCCAAGGGCAUCAUAAACGCAACUGGCCCCUUCAGUGAUUCCAUCAGAAACAUGGACGAGCCUGGUAUCAAGGAGAUUGUGGCUCCCAGCUCUGGUGUCCACGUCAUCCUUCCUGGAUACUACAGCCCUGCUGAUAUGGGUUUGAUUGACCCGUCUACAUCGGAUGGUCGUGUUAUCUUCUUCCUUCCCUGGCAAGGAAAUACCAUUGCCGGUACGACCGACCAACCCACAGAGAUCACACCUCAUCCUGAACCAUCGGAACAUGAUAUCAACUGGAUUCUCAACGAGAUCCGUGGAUACUUGGCUCCUGAUAUCAAUGUUGAGCGGAGCGAUGUCCUCGCCGCAUGGUCCGGAAUUCGUCCCUUGGUUCGCGACCCCAAGGUGAAGAGCUCGGAAGCAUUAGUUCGUAACCAUCUCAUCACUGUCUCUCCCUCAGGUCUGUUGACCUGUGCUGGUGGAAAGUGGACUACUUACCGUCAGAUGGCCGAAGAAGCGGUAGAUGAAGCGAUCGAUGUGUUCGGCCUCAAACCCCGUCACAUGUCAGAUGUUCCUGAUAUCAGUGGUGUUGGAGGCAGUGGCCUCGUUUCGGACGGUGCGGUUCUCGAUGGAUCUUGCCAAACCCACCAGGUCCGUCUUAUUGGUGCACACGGUUUCUCCAAGACUCUCUUCAUCAACCUGAUUCAACACUUCGGACUUGAAACCGACGUGGCCAAGCAUCUCACAGAGUCCUACGGUGACCGUGCUUGGCAAGUUGCGGCCCUGUCAUCCCCUACUGAGAACCGUUUCCCCGUUCGGGGCAAGCGCAUUUCCGCAUUGUAUCCCUUCAUUGACGGCGAAAUCCGCUACGCCGUCCGCCAUGAAUAUGCUCAGACCGCCGUUGACGUUCUUGCUCGUCGGACUCGCUUGGCAUUCCUGAACGCCGAGGCAGCCCUCGAAUCGCUUCCCAAUGUGAUUGAUGUGAUGGGUGAAGAGCUGAAGUGGGAUUCUCGCCGAAAGGACGUUGAAUUUAAGGAAUCAGUCCACUUUCUUUCUUCAAUGGGUCUUCCCAAGACUUUCCUUGACAUGUCUAGAAACGAUGUCGAAGGCGGUAAGGUCAAGGAUGUCGAGAUUGCUGAGCGAAAGACAUUCUCCAGAACUGGUGAGUAUUCUCUAUUGUCCUUGUCUGAAUAA